CAUUUUUUGAUUCCGUUGGUUGAUUGUCUGAACAGCAGGCAUUGCUUGCCUUCUUCUGUUCACUGUCAACCAUUCAAUUUGCCAUCGACCAUGACAGCCGUAGCGACGCUGGCCGAUCCAUUGCUGGGCAUAGCGACAGAUUUUGUAAGGCCAGACUUCCAUCAGACGCCGUUGGCACUGGAAGACUGGCUUCAGAGAGAGAAGAAAUUGAGAUUGUCAAAUGACAAUGAAAUAUGUCCAUUGUCGUUGCUACCUCCAGGAUGUCCACUUGGAUCAGAAGCUUGUCCACUCAGACAUGUCGAUCUAAAGACUCUGCCAGAGAAGCUGCCUCAGAAGCAAUCUGCCGUGUGCUGCCGUCACUGGCUUCGAGGAAUGUGCAAACUUGCCGGAGACUGCCCGUUCCUACACGAUUUCAAUCUUAGACGGUAUCCUGAGUGCCACCUGUGGACGACGUAUGGAAGAUGUGCUAUCGGAUCCGAAUGCCUGUACUAUCAUCGCUCAGAUGAGGAUUGGAGAGGGUCUUGCCCGGACUAUGAGCGAGGAUUCUGCCCAAGAGGACCAGGUUGCCCAAUGAAUCACACGAGAAAGACUUUGUGCCCGGCUUAUUUGGCGGGGUUCUGCCCUGACGGUCCGAAAUGCAAGGCUGGACAUCCCUCUCCUUCACGCCCACCGCCAAGCGCUUACAUCAAGCCCUCAAAACCUAUACCAGAUCAUAAUCUUCAAGUUCCCAUUCCCGCGGGCUAUGGUCGAAGUUUGAAGAGCUUUGAUCCCAGCAAUGUCAUUCAGGAUCGAACUGCUGCUUUAGGAGGAGCGUUGAGUGCGUGGAGAGAAGGAGGCGGCAUGCUGGCAGUGAAUGCUAGGAGAAAUGAUCAGCAGGACGAGAAACCACGGCGUAGUGAGAGGAACGAUUCAUCAAGGCCACGGAAAUGGGUUCAAGAUUUAUCGACGGUCUUAUGUUUCCGAUGCGGUGAGAAGGGUCACUUUGCAGAUCAAUGCCGUGGGGAGGAGAAACCAGGGGAUAGAGGUGGACUUCGGUAUAGGCGGGGAUAGUUUGAGGGGCAGCAGUUACAAUGCUCAAAGCACCCGAACCAAGCAUUUUAACGAGAGCAUAACGCCUGAGGGCAUAUUGUUGUACAUUUAUGUUGUCGCCACGACGUACAUCGGCAGUCUGCAUCCAUUUCAUGCAUCGUUGGACCAUUGACCAGUUA